AUGGGGGUUUGGAAUUGGUCGAGAAGCCCAAGCUCGGCCGAAGAAUUACUGGAAUGGCACGAGUUGAUCGGGCUCCUCGAUAAUGUCACUUUUUCUGAUGGCAAAGAUGGUUGGGAAUGGUUGGGAGGUAAUGACUCUGGUUUUUCGGUCAAGACUGUCAAGAACUUCCUGUAUAGCGACUCCGAUUUCAGCAGCAGGCAUGUUGUGAAAUGGUCGAAAUGGGUCCCAAAAAAUGAAAUAUUUUUUGUUUGGAGGGCGGUUUUAGAUCGUAUUCCCACGCUGACUGCACUCCGGGAUCGGAACUGUUGGGGUAGAUAUGUGAAAUGUUGUCUGUGUGAAGAUGGUGAUGAAACAGCUGAACACCUUCUUUGUUCGUGCAGGGUAGCGUCGACUGUCUGUUAUCACAUCAGUCAGUGGUGCAAGGUGAGUCCUUGUAUUCUGUUUUCGGCUAAAGAUAUCGUAAUUGCCUCUGAGUUUUGCAAUCUGGAUAGAGAAGUGAAAGAAGAUUUACAUGGCAUUAUGUUCGUGACAAGUUGGUUUAUAUGGUUAGCCAGGAACAAUAAAAGGUUCUCGGAGACUCAAGUUAAACCGGAGAGAUUAUCCGUAAUAUUAAGUCCGUCGGUUUAUGGUAUAAGAAUCCGUCUAAAAAUAGUGCUUGGUUCGGCUGCCUCUGUUUUGGAGGAAAAAAUUAUUCGAAACUGCUCAUGGAUUGACAACAAGGACGUAUUUGAUUAA